CUCCCCUGCCUCUCUCACUGUGUGCUCAGCCGAGGUGGCCCAGGGUUUGUUUGUAGCAGCGGUAGGUCGCGUCCGCGUCCAAACAAGCGCCUUUCUAAAGCUCUCUCCGAGGCGACGGAGAGCGGCUGUAAAGCGUUACCCCCCACCCCCCCCUUCCCACCAUCCAGCAAGCGGCAAGCCGAACGGCAUCAUCAUCAGCAGCAGCAUCAUCAGCAGGUGUGAAAAGGCGAGCAACCUAGCGACGCGAUGGAUAACUCGCACGUGCUGCCCGCUCACCUGCAGCAGGAGGAGGACUGGGACAGAGAGAUGCUCCUCGACCCAGCCUGGGAGAAGCAGCAGCGCAAGACGUUCACAGCAUGGUGCAACUCCCACCUGCGCAAGGCCGGCACGCAGAUCGAGAGCAUCGACGAGGACUUCCGGGAUGGCCUGAAGCUCAUGCUGCUGCUUGAAGUCAUCUCGAGCGAGCGUCUUCCCAAGCCCGAGAAGGGCAAGAUGCGCGUCCACAAGAUCAACAACGUCAACAAGGCGCUGGACUUCAUCGCAAGCAAGGGCGUCAAGCUGGUCUCCAUCGGAGCUGAGGAAAUUGUGGACGGAAACACAAAGAUGACGCUGGGUAUGAUCUGGACCAUCAUCCUCCGCUUUGCCAUCCAGGACAUCUCGGUAGAAAACACGUCCGCCAAGGAGGGGCUGCUGCUGUGGUGUCAGAGGAAGACCGCCCCCUACAAGAACGUCAACAUGCAGAACUUCCACACCAGCUGGAAGGAUGGGCUGGCAUUCAACGCCCUCAUCCAUCGCCACCGGCCCGAUCUCAUCGACUACGACAAACUGCGCAAGGAUGAUCCCAUUGGGAACCUGAACAAUGCCUUCGAGGUGGCCGAGAAAUACCUGGACAUCCCCAAGAUGUUGGACGCCGAAGACAUCGUGAACACCGCGCGGCCCGACGAGAAGGCCAUCAUGACCUACGUGUCGUGCUACUAUCACGCCUUCUCCGGGGCCCAGAAGGCCGAGACGGCCGCCAACAGAAUCUGCAAGGUGCUGGCUGUCAACCAGGACAAUGAGCGGCUCAUGGAGGAUUACGAGCACCUGGCCAGCAACCUGCUGGAGUGGAUCAACCGCACGAUCCCGGUGCUGGAGGACCGCAACACGCAGAACAACAUGCCGGCCAUGCAGGGCAAGCUGGAGGACUUCCGCGACUACCGCCGCGUGCACAAGCCGCCCAAGGCGGGGGACAAGUGUCAGCUGGAGAUCAACUUCAACACGCUGCAGACCAAGCUGCGCCUCAUGAACCGCCCCGCCUUCAUGCCCUCCGAGGGCAAGCUCGUGUCGGACAUCGGGAACGCCUGGUCGCACCUGGAGCAGGCGGAGAAGGGCUAUGAGGAGUGGCUGCUGAACGAGAUUCGGAGACUGGAGCGAUUGGACCACUUGGCCGAGAAGUUCCGGCAGAAAGCCAAGAUCCACAAGUCGUGGACUGAAGGCAAGCAGCAGAUGCUGCAGCAGAAGGACUACGAGUCGGUGUCGCUGGCGGAGCUCAAGGCUCUGCUGAAGAAGCACGAGGCGUUUGAGAGCGACCUGGCUGCUCACCAGGACCGCGUGGAGCAGAUCGCAGCCAUCGCCCAGGAGCUCAAUGACCUGAACUAUCACGACGUGGCGAGCGUGAACAACAAGUGCAAGGAGAUCUGCGACGAGUGGGACGACCUGGGCGAGUGGACUCAGACGCGCAAGGAUUCUCUCGAGAGGACGGAGAAGGUCCUGGAGACCAUCGACCACCUGUACCUGGAGUUCGCCAAGCGCGCCGCGCCCUUCAACACCUGGAUGGACGGCGCUGCGGAGGACCUGCAGGACAUGUUCAUCGUGCACACCAUCGACGAGAUCCAGGGGCUGAUCACGGCUCACGAGCAGUUCAAGGAGACGCUGCCGGAAGCCGGGAAGGAGAAGGACUCCAUCAUGGGCGUCCAGAACGAGAUCCAGCAGGUGGCCCAGACCCACAACAUCAAGCUGAGCGGACAGAACCCCUACACCGUGGUCACCCCACACGACAUCUCCAGCAAGUGGGACAGGAUGAAGCAGCAGGUGCCGAUACGCGACAACGCACUGCACGACGAGCUCAUGAAGCAGCAGGCGAACGAGAAGCUGCGCAAGCAGUUCGCCACGUCCGCCAACACGGUGGGGCCCUGGAUACAGACCAAGAUGGAGGAGAUCGGACACAUCUCCAUCGAGAUGCACGGCACGCUGGAGGACCAGCUGAACCAGCUGAGGAAGUACGAGCAGAACAUCAUCAACUACAAGCCCAACAUCGACAAGCUGGAGAGUGAGCACCAGCUCAUCCAGGAGGCGCUCAUCUUCGACAACAAGCACACCAACUACACCAUGGAGCACAUCCGCGUGGGCUGGGAGCAGCUGCUCACCACCAUCGCGCGCACCAUCAACGAGGUGGAGAACCAGAUCCUGACUCGUGACACCAAGGGCAUCAGCCAGGAACAGAUGCACGAGUUCCGCGGAUCAUUCAACCACUUCGACAAGGACCACUCUGGCCUUCUGGCUGCCGAGGAGUUCAAGGCCUGCCUCAUCAGCCUUGGCUACGACGUCGGCAACGACCAGCAGGGUGAGGCCGAGUUUGCUCGCAUCAUGAACAUCGUGGACCCCAACAACUCCGGCUACGUCACCUUCCAGUCGUUCAUCGACUACAUGACCCGAGAAACGACCGACACGGAUACGGCCGACCAGGUCAUCGCUUCCUUCAAGAUCCUGGCAGGAGACAAGACCUUCAUCACGGCGGAGGAGCUGCGGCGUGAGCUGCCCCCCGAGCAGGCCGAGUACUGCAUCGCGCGCAUGGCGCCGUACCGCGGGGCUGACGGCGUCCCGGGCGCCCUCGACUACAUGUCCUUCUCGACGGCGCUCUACGGGGAGAGCGACCUCUAGGCACACACACACACACACAGACACGUGCACGCGCGCACAGAGAUACACGCGGGCUCACGCGCGCUUGCCUACGGUUCGCCGGCAUUCGCACACGCAUUUGCACGCAUUUGCACGCAUACACGCACACACGCAUGGCAUCGACAGCCGCCAUUUGCCGCUAAGUGAUGGUGAGGUCACCUCACCGCUUGUGCUGCCAGGUUGGGUGCACUUUGAGGUCGGGUGAAGUGUCGAAAGCCCGCUGGGAGGAAGGUCAUGGGAUGGACCCAGGCAUUAUGGGUCAUCGCAUAACACACUACAUACAAACGUAUGAACUCGCGCGUAUUUUCUGGCACACACACACAUCCACCUGCGCAAAUGCACGGACACACUUACCGCACGCAAGCACAAAGACAAAUAUUCCCGCCGGUUAGCCUUGUUGACUGUAGGGCUAAGUGCUAUUAUUGAGCACCUAUUAUGAAAGGCCCGCAUAAAUGCAUGGACGCAUACAAAUGCAUGGACAUGAUUUAUUCUCAGUCGAGAGCAAUACACAUUUAGUGCCUGCGCAUUUGCAAAUCUUUAGCUGAUGUAAUUGAAAAAGAAAAAAAACAAUCCAAGCACCUUUUCAAGCACACUGAUGGAAGUCACAGGUUUAAUAUAUUCCUAAACCAUAGCCAAAUGCCAGCCUUCCUAAAUUUUAUUUAUCACCACUUGAACACCUGCUCGCAGAUUGUUGUAUUCUCAUGAUGUAUCUUUAUCGAAAUGCUAACGGUGCAUGUAUUGUGUAGUAAUCUAUACGAUUUGGCUUGUGACUGACACCAGUUAUUGUAAAUUUAUAUUUGGGACAACGACAUCUUGAGCAAAUUUACGUGUAGUUUUUCGUCAUAAUACUACCGAUCAUAUUAGCAAAUGUUUGGAACGGAUUUAGUCCUGAUUCGGAGUGCUUCUAAGAGACUUAAGGCAGUUCAUUGGCCGCUUGACGGGCUUGGGCUCAGACAGGAGUGGUUGCUGGGGUGGGGGUGACAUUAACCAAAUUAAAACGGGGCAUUAGCUGUGCUCGUGGUUUUGUAUUUUUUUUCUUCUACUAUGCAAUGAAUUUGAACACUAUAUAUUCAGCUUCACAAUGGAUUAUUCACAAUAAACAAAAGUGUGUGCUUGCAGUAAAAAUGGGGGGGGGGGGGGGGACACAUUGAAAUCGAACCGCUGUUUUGUGUGUAGAACACCGUUUUUAUGCCAAUUAUUUUCUUGCUUUACUUUCAUACACGAUGUACAUAGGUGGUGGGACUGACGCACACCGUUUUGGGAGCUCAACUGCUGGUGUCAAGCGUUACCGACGCAUUCUUUAGAUGUUUUCUUUUCAGCUGCUCCACAGUGCUCUUACCUGGUCACGCUCUAAGUGGUUGUUCCACCCAAACCCUAAUCGAUGGUAAUUUUGUUAUUUGCAGUCAAUACAAUCAACUGUAAAAUAUUGAGCAGUUUUAUUUCUUUUAAAUAGAUUUUUUUUUUUAUCAUGGUGACAUUGCAUGUGGUAAAAAGAUGUUGCACUCCUGUAAUUUCUGAUUCUUUAUUGUCUUUUUUGAGCUUAUUGGGCAACAAUUUACUGUAAUUGUACUUGCAUAUCCACAAUUAAGAGCAUGUGAUAGAAUCUGACGUAUUUUUGUUUGAGUCGUUAAAAAAAGAUUUCUACAUGCAAUUGCUAUCCAUAACAAUCAUGCUCCUUAAACCGUGUAUUCAACUGUGGGUUAAAUAUAAUUUUUGGAUCAAAA